UAAUUUCAAAGCGAAAGCUGGGAAGCAUUAUUUCAUCAUGUUCAUUAUUAUCUGAGUAAGCGUAACAAAGGUAGAUUAGAUGCAAACUUUGACAUUGUCACUGCAGAAAAAUAACAGGACCACAUACAUUUAACGUUCUGUUCUUUACCUGGAAGUAGAUAAAGUAAAAGAAUGGCAGAUAAUACUUCCGGAUACUUCAUAUCUCAUAGCAAUAAAUUUGAAGACCGUUAUCUGGUAAAUGAUGUAGUUAUUCCAAAACUAAAAGAAAAAGGUAUAAAUAUUUAUGAACAGGCGGACCUACAACCAGGGACACAUGUCUUACCAGCCAUUACAGGCUUGGUAGAUAAAGCAGACAAAACCUUGCUGUUUAUCUCAGAAAAUUCCUUAAGCAGUUCAUGGUGUUCAUUUGAGCUGCUGAUUAGUUUAGAGAAAUCUCAGAGGACCAACAGACUUGCAGUUGUUUUAUUACUUCAUAAAAUAGAAGAGUCACAGCUUCCACAUAUUGCAGUUCUUCAAGAAGCUCGUAAAAUACACUUUGAUGAAGAGAAUGAUGAAUGGGUGAGAGAGGUAGUAGAGGGAUUAAGAGAAACAAAGACAAUUGGUGAUAUCAUGCCUGCUGGAAAUGUUGCCCAUGGAUUAGUCUGGUCACAUUAUGCAGGAUUUCUACAGUAUGUCUUGCCUGAACUGGAAAAAACAGUGAAAGAGUCUGAAUGGUACAAUAAUUUGACUGAAGAAUUUCGAAACAAAGUAUCCUGUAAAUUAUAUGAAGUAGUGCCAAGGACUUGUGAUGUUAAAUAUGAUAUACCAAACGAAGAUAACAACAUCAAGUAUGUUACAACAUUUAAACUAGAGACCUGGAGAAGUGGAAAUUACAGAAAUAUGUAUCUAAAAAUGUACAGUAUUACCAUUGAAGAAGAGACUUAUUACUGUAUGUGUGAGUUUCCUAGUGUGAUUGGUACAAUGAAAGUAAUGGAGGACAAGCAUUUGGCCAGAUUUUCUCCCACAUACCCAGGAGGAGUCGGAGAAGAAAGCUCCACAACUGCUGCUCAAUUUACCACUCAAGACAAGAAGUUACAAUUAGGAAGAUUUUACUACACUAUGAAUUCUACUCUUAAUCAUUUUGAAGACUGUAAGGACACAGCUCGAGUAUUGCUAUUCAAUGAUGAAAAUAAGAAAAAUAAACUUUCAAAAGUUUUGAUGGAUGCCAUAAAAAAAGACUUAAAAGAAGAAAAUUUUCAGGAAAAGAAAUUUAAGGAAGGUAUUCAGCCUCCACAGAUUGACAGGUUAGAGUCUGAAGAAGAACUAAAGUAUGAAUAUCAAGUGUAUGUUGCUCGUACAGACCACAAAGAUGAUAGGUCAAAGGCACAGCAGAUAAUGAACCAUUUUAGGAAAAUGGGGAUUGCAGAUAGUGAUAUAUUGGAUGCUGAUUCAUUUUUAGCAGGGUCUACAUGGUCUGAACAACUAAAGGCAGCCUCAAAUAAAUGUAGAUGGUUUAUUUUUCUUUUGACCAAAAAUGCUCUUCAAGAUCAGUCCUUGAAUUAUAAUGUUAUAUCAGCACUGGGUGACAGCAUAUAUAGAAAAAAAGUUCGGGUCAUUCCUGUUGUGGACAGCUGUAAAAAUUUGUUAAUUCCUGAGGCACUGAGAUGGAUCACUUAUAUUCCAUUUGACAUAAGUGGUCGACAUUUGGAGAGUUUAUAUAGUAUUGUCAGUGGAAGAGAUAUUCCAAUGGAGACUCAGAUGAUACUGCCAGCAGGUGAUGUGGCCUAUGGUCUAGCUUGGGGAUAUGUCACAAAUUAUCUGAUGAAAGUUUUACCAGAGGUUUUAAAAGGAAUCAGUCCUGUAUUUACUGAAAAAGCAGUGAAAAACUUCAGAUGUCCUCACAAGCUGUUCAUAGUCAUUCCCAAAAGCUGUAGCGCAGGGGAUUUUUUGCAUGAUAAACAGAAUGACCCUGGAAGGAUUGAAAACUUUUCAAAAACUGCAGCUGUGUAUCCAUUUGGACCAGGUCGAGCAUUCAACUGUAAUAUCUAUAAAGUGUCACUAAGCAGUGUUAAUAUGAAUGAGGGAUUAUACUUUGUUGGGCAGUAUGCUGCACCUGUGACUUGCUUACAAGAAAUGAAAACAUGGACAAUUGCUGGAGUCAACCAGGAAACAAUGGUAAAAGAAGCAGAAAAUUUUUAUGGAAUUGUUAGUCAAUUGAUGAGAAAUGCAGUACCAGAAAAGGCUCAGUAUUGUGAAUUUAUUUACUAUGAUGAUAUGACAGAUUCCUUAGCAGAUAUAAUGGAGCAGAAAAUCCAGAGUAUGAAAGAUUGACAAUGAAGGUUUAUUGGACCUGUUAUCUAAGUCUUUUUUAUUGCAAUGUCCCAAAGCAUUACUGGUGAUAUGGAUAUCUCAUUUCUUGUACUUUGGACACAAUCCACUUGUAUGCUGAUCUCAGCUAAUCAUGCUUAUUAUGUGAUAAAUACUCAUCUGAUUUAUAUCAUUUGUGGCUCUUAGUUGUCUCAUUAUACCUAUGUUGUACAAUAAUCCAAGUUUGGUUUAGUUAAAUUUCAUACUUGAAAAAAAGUUUUUGAAGUGUAGAAAGAAAUAUUCCUUUACAAUUUUUAUAAGACAAAUCAGUAAUUCUAAAGUUGGUAAACAUUGGUCUACAAAACAAUUAAAACCUUUAACUUUAUUGAACAAUAACUUAUAAUAUCAACUUUUUAUUAUAAGUCCCAUUUUGUAUAGCACAUCUCCAAGCUAUAAGAAUUAAAAAGAACAGAAAAAGAGCACUUUUACAUACACGUAUAUUUUUUUUCCAUCUCACUUCAAUUGAUUAUAGCAACUUUGUUUAGUGAUACUUAUAGAUUAUCGGUGUUCAUCUCAACGAGAUUGAUUUUCUCGCUUGAGCCCGAACGGCGAAAGCGAGAAAGGCAAUCGAGAUGAGAUGAACAAUGAUAAUCUUUUUAUUGCUAUUUUACCUAUGACGACGUUGUCAAUUUCGUGUCAAUUUCAUGUCAAUUUCAUUAGCAACGCCACGUGUAUGCUUAGUUUCUAGCAAUAAUUUUCCAUCUCAAGCAAGUAGCAUGAUAUGAAAAUUAUCACAAAAAAAGAUCAAAGGAAAAAUGCACAAAAUAGCAAUAAAACAGGUUAAUGAUUAAAAGUGUCAGAUUUUCAUUGUACAUAGAUUAGUUAUAUGAAUUUGUAUACACUUGAUUUGAUUUUCCAUAGUUUUUUUUUAAAGAGUAAAGAUGUAUCAUGUUUUUAAACCCAACAAAAUAUUAUAUACUGUUAAUUAUGUAAAAAAAUACUUUAUAAUAAAUAAAAAGCCUCUUACUUCUGAAUUGGAUCAGUCAAUGAAAGAUUUGGUCAAUUACUUUAGCAUUUCAAGUUAAAACAGUCUGUUAGCUUAUCUCUAGUUCACUUCAUGUAUUUUUAAAUGCCAAAGAUGUUUAUUCAUACCCAUUUUUUAGAAUUUAUACCAAAUAGAAAUUUGUUUCAUCUUUUACUUGUUUUUUAAGUUUUUUUUUUACAUUUCCAAAUCAUUUCCAGGUUACUUAUUUCCCACUAGAUAGGAUUUGUUUCAAAAAUUUUGUAUUUUACAUACACAUAUAUUUUGUUUCCAUCUCAUUUCAAUUGAUUAUAUUGUUGUUGUUACUUUUGAAACAAGCUGCUGCUAAUACAGUUGUAUAUUUAAAGGUAUUUUUUGUUUAAAUUUGUUGUAUUUUACAUACUUAAUUAAGAUUUGAAUUACAUAUACAUUUGAAUCUUGCAAUAAGAUAGAAGUAUCCAAAAUUUGAUGCAAUUCAUACCAAAUUCUAUAUUUGUCAGAGGUAAUGGAUGUAUUUGUCAGAGGUAAUGGAUGAAUAACUUUGAUAUAUGGUAUUUACAGCCAGUUUUUUGUUUUAAAAGAUGUUAUAUUUUUUCUAUAAAAAAAUUGUUUGAUGAGUUUAGAACUUUAAAAUAAUAAAUAAAAGUCAGAAAUAUCAAAUAAAAUGUAAACACAAUUUUUAUUGUAUAAUUUCUUUCUUAAUAAACAUGUCAAAGACA